CGUCUGCUAAGCACUGGGCUCAACAUUUAAUUUCUGUGUAUCCUUCUGCGCUUCCACUUGUCAACGCCUAGACGGCUCUUUCGGGACCUCAGGAGAAAUGGCUCUCGCACGCCUGCAUAGACGCUCCCUUUGUAGUGGCCACAAGGCCAGCACGGAUUUCGGCUGCCACGCCAGAAAGCAGCGGCACGUUUUGGGGCCGCAACUGCCGGGGCCGGCACUUCGCGCCACGCCGGACGACCUCAUCAAUGCAUCGCAGGCAGCUGAUUUGCUAGCUUCACAUGCACAUCUGGGCAAAUCAACGCUGCAGCACUUUGCCCAGACAUCGGGGCUGGGCACAGGGCCAACUCACGACUCGCCACCCGCGACACACACGGAGGUAGUGUGCACUCUAUCAGGGCUGGAUGGAGUCCAGUGCAUGCUGGAGGAGGUGGAGGGGGAGGAGCCACAGCUGGCGAGCAGCACCGGCUCCGGCAUGGAAGGACUGAUGCAAGGCGGUGAUGGGACGCUGCUGGGGCAGCUGCUGCACACGGCGUUCCUCAUCUCGCCCUUCGCGCUGUGGGGCACCAGCAUGGUGGCCAUGAAGGGUGUCGUGGCGCACACAACUCCGCUGCUGCUGGGCUCGCUGCGGUUACUGCCCGCCGGCCUGCUGCUGGUGGCGUGGGCGGCGUCCACGGGCCGCGCGCAGCCCAAGACGCUGACCGCCUGGGCGUGGAUCCUGGCGUUCGCACUGGCUGACGGCGCCUGCUUCCAGGGCUUCCUGGCUGAGGGCCUGACCAAGACCAGCGCGGGCCUGGGCAGCGUUAUCAUCGACUCGCAGCCGCUCACGGUGGCCAUCCUGGCGUCUGUGCUGUUUGGCGAGCGCCUGAACGCUGUGGGCGUGUUUGGUCUGGUGCUGGGCGUGCUGGGCCUGUGCAUGCUGGAGCUGCCCGGGGACAGCCUGGCGGAGACGGUGUCGCUCAUCGCCAGCGGCGCCUGGCGGCCGGAGCUGCCCAGCGGCCUGGGCGGCGAGGGCGGGCUGGCCAACAGCGGCGAGUUCUGGAUGCUGCUGGCGGCGCAGUCCAUGGCGAUCGGCACGGUGAUGGUGCGCUACGUGACGAAGCACGUGGACCCCGUCAUCGCCACCGGCUGGCACAUGGUGCUGGGCGGCAUCGUGCUGUCGGUCGUCGCCGCCGCGCAGGGCGCCGACGGCUCCUUUGCCGCAGCGCCGCCGGCGGAGCUGGCGGCCAGCUUCGGCGAGCAGCUGACGCACCUGAGCGCCGAGGACUGGGCGGCCAUGGCUUACGUGAGUGUGCUGGGCGGCGCGGUCAGCUAUGGAGCCUUUUUCUACCAGGCCUCGCGCGGCUCGCUGACGGCGCUCAGCUCGCUCACCUUCCUCACGCCAGUCUUCGCGAGCCUGGGCGGCUUCUACGCGUUCGGCGAGAUGCUGAGCCCCAUGCAGCUGCUGGGCGGCCUGGUGACGCUGUCGGCGGUGUGGGCCAUCAACCACAAGCCCGCGCCGCUGCAGCCUGCUGCUACGCCGGCAACGGUGCGUGUGGAGGCGCCGCAGCCGGUGCAGCAGUCGGUGCGCAAGUAAGCGGGUGUCCUGGAGAUCGCAGGCAGCGAGUGGCCAUUCGGCUGCCGUCGGCAAGCUGCCAUGUCCACACCUACAUAGCGCAGGAGUGUAGGAUCAAGCUUUGACAUGCUGCUUGCGUGGGAUGGAGGAGAGGCGCUUCGUGCAUCAUUUAAGUACGGUAUGGCGUACUACUAGGGAGCAGGGACCAAGCCAACGUUUGAAGAUACGAUAUUACGCUUCGAUACCAGUUGCCCUGCGAGAGUUACAGCUGCUAGCAUCGGCUGCUGAGCGACGGGGCUACAGCUGAAGCAAGGUGGGCGCCUACUCGCGUCUUGCCGGCGCGUUUAAUUUGUUUUAUGUUGCUGCGAGUUAUGUUGUGUGUGUCUUGACAAAACGCAACGCCCCAGGCUGCAUUGCGCCCAUGGGGAUAUACUUGUCGUUUGUGAUGCAUUGAGAGCAAAUGCAUGGGCAGGGAGAGCGCGACUGCGCAGCAUCCUGUGCCGGAACCGAAGAACGGUGUCGUGACUCGAGCGUGUUCCCCGUUGCCGUUUUGUUGCUUCAUUGCGUGCACGUGUCAGUCGUGUCAGAAGGGCUUUCUUAACGAAUGUAGGCGUGGCUCUCGAAUGAGGGAUACCAGCGCCGUUUGUACAUCUAUGAUUUAGCGAAGAGCGUGUGACACAGACGCGUGCAUGUGUUCCUAGGCAUGUAGCGAAGGCGUACUGGGUGUAAGGAGGAGGGACGCUUCGUAGUGGAGGCAUGUGCUGGCCGGUAUGGCAAGGAGAAACAAGAGGGAACAGGGUUCAAGGCGGAACGGGUUCAAGACGGAACCGGUUCAAGAAGGAAAGGGUUCAAGGAGCGGAUUCAAGACGGAACGGGCUCAAGACGGAACGGGUUCAAGACGGAACGGGCUCAAGACGGAACGGGUCCAAGAGCGCAACAGCGCGACGACCCAGUCAAGGGAGAAUGUUGGUCAUCUGGAAGACUGUUGAAGCGCUGUAACUAUGCUUGUAC